ACGUAGAAACUACUCUCGAAAAUGGACAGGUCUCGAGUGAUGGAGAGGGAGAGACGAUACCACUAGAAUCGGUAUUGGGCGUCAUUGGGCUCAUUGCUGCGCAUACUCUCCAUGCUCGGUUAAUCUCACUUGCCACAGAGAUUUCCCCUUAUUCAAUUCGCUGGCUCGCUCGUUUCAGCACAUGUCGACUACCUGCCUUCUCCAAAAAGCUCUCUCUCGCGACUCUGGUUACCCUGCUCUUUGCCAGUGGUGAAGUUUAUGCCCACGGCCAUGAGCGUUCUAUGCAUCCCCGCGAGAUAUCCUCUCGUCAGCUCGCUGCUAACAAGCGUCACAUUCAAGCCCGUAACUGUGCCCCUCAAAUUGCAGAGUACCACAGGAAGCGUGCGAUCGCCAAGCGUAAUCUCCUCAAGAAAAAGCGCGACACUACUUUCCCAUAUACCACACUCGCUGUCGAGCCCCAGGAAACCACUCCCGAAGUGACCGAAGGACCUUAUUAUCUCAACAACGAUCUCAUCCGACAGGACCUCCGCGAGACUCAAGGAGGUAUCCUUUUGGAAUUGGACAUUGGCGUUAUCGACACCUCUACCUGUGAACCCCUCCCCAACGCUCUUGUUGAAAUCUGGAACUGCAACGCCACUGGCUCUUACUCUGGAUUCACGACUGCCGGAGGUACCGGUGGGGGUGAGAACCCCGGAGGCGGCAACAAUAGUAGCAUGUCCUUCUCGCUCGACCCCUCCCAGACCGGUGGAGGAGCACCUCCUUCUGGAUCCGAUAGCGCCGUUCCAUCCGGCACUGGAGGUAUGGCUCCUGGAAGCGGUGGGGGAGGUGGAGGUGGAAGCUCCAAGACAGACGACUACAACUUUUUGAGGGGUGGCUGGCAGACGAACGAUGCUGGUAUCACACUGGCCGAACUGUCCAUAUCCAUACUAUGGUUCACCAAAACAUUACGUACAACUCUAACGGCACCUAUACCUCCAAGAGCGGCUCUCUUGUUCAUGUC